AUGGCAAAGACAAAAGGAAAUGAGAGUAUGAAGAAGAAGAAGAACCCAUUCAUGGAACCACCAAAGAAACAAAUCAAGCUAGGGAGUAGUAGCUCCAAUGCAAGAGCAGCAAUACCAACUUCACCACAUUCCAUUGAUGCAAUCAAGAACAUGUGGAGAGUCCAAGAAGAGAAGAUGAUUGGGCACUUUGAGUACUCACAACUCACCAAGGAGUUCCUCUCCACAGUAGCUCUUGCCUUUCCCAACCACAAUGGAGACCAACCAGCUGGUGAUGGACUCCUACUCUUCAAGAUAGGCGAUGCCAAUGGGCGCAUCUCCAUCUCAGCUCUAUGCCAACUCUUUGGACUUCCCAAUGAGACAGCACAUGACUUCAAGGAGAACUCAAAGAGGAAACAAGCUGCCUUUGCUGAUUGGACACACUUUGCCAAUGAACCAUUCUUGCCUUCAAGAUCAAAGGUGUCUAGAAUCACUCAUCCAGCCAUUCGCUAUGUGCACCGCCUCAUCUCCACCACUUUCCAAUGCAAACAAGAAGCCAACAAGGUCACAACUGAUGAGUUCUACAUCCUCACCACACCAUUCAUCAAGCAUGAGUACAAGGCCAACCUUGGACUUUUACUUGCCAAGACAUUCAUCAAUGUGAGGAAGCUAGCUAAAGACUUGGAAGGCAACAAGAAGCUUUGUGUUCGUUUUGGGAGGCUUAUCACGGCCAUAGUGCAACAUGUGGGGAUUGACAUUCCCAACUAUGAGCCACUACCCAAGCCAACCCCUUUGGAUCUCCAUGCUCUUCAGCACAUCCACUUCCUAAACCGUUGGACUAAAGACCCAACUCGGUUUUGCUAUGAGUUUCCAAUUGGUCCAGCCAACACUUCCCUUGUCUUGCUGCCACAUGAAGACAUCCCAAGCCUACGCUCAGGUGUUGUCACUUUCCAGCCCAAUGAGGAAGACUUCUAUGUUCCAUCAAGUGAGAAACCAUCAUUCCCCAUGCUCACCUAUCGCACACUUCAGCAUGCAGUCAAGACUCAACGCCGCCACCAAGAACGCCAUGUUCUCACUACUGGCAUGGCCGCGCACCAAGCUCUAGACCGUGUUAACAAGCUGGAGAAGAUAGUGGAAUGCCAAUCUCGCUUCAUCUCACGCCUAGUUCGUGUAGUUCGCCACAUUGCACCGGAGAGACUCUUUCGCCCUUCUUCCACCGCUAGAGAGCCAUAUGAGCCUGACCUUGGUGAGUUCUCACUAGACUCAGAGCUUGGUUCAGAAGGCGAUGACCCCAUAGAUGAGGAAGAGAGUUCUUCUCACUGCCACACAUAG